CCAUGUGUCAGCUGAGCCACAGAGGGAUCGGCAGUAGCAGGGAUCGUCUAACCACAAACGAACUGCCCCUAUCUACAGAUAAAGGAAGAGGAGUGUUAGCCCUAACAUUUUCUCUCAUUCAUUUUAGCUGUUUUUCCACCCUGGCUCCUUGGGAGAGAAGAGAGUAUCUUGUCUGCUGUUCUCUCUUUUUCUCUUGUUCUGUCCUCCCUGUCCUGGGAUCUAAUGCAGUAACAGCCCUAGGAUAUUGACUGAAACAGGUGGAGGAUCCUGCCAGGGCUCAACACAGGCACAGUAUGGGUGACGAAAGCUACAACUUUGUCUUCAAAGUGGUUCUGAUUGGUGAGUCUGGUGUUGGGAAGAGCAACCUGCUGUCACGCUUCACCAAGAAUGAGUUUAACCAUGACAGCCGCACGACCAUCGGAGUGGAGUUCAGCACUCGCACUGUUCAGCUGGAUACCUUCACCAUCAAGGCUCAGAUCUGGGACACGGCAGGGCUGGAGAGAUACAGAGCCAUCACCUCAGCGUACUACAGAGGGGCGGUGGGUGCUAUGCUGGUGUAUGACAUCACCAAGCACCUAACCUAUGAGAGUGUGGAACGUUGGCUGAAGGAGCUGUACGAUCACGCUGACCCUCACAUCCUGGUCAUGCUGGUUGGCAACAAGAGUGACCUGGAGACCCUGAGGACCGUGCCCACCGUGGAGGCCAAGGAAUUUGCAGGUAAUCGGUCUCAUGCAGAAUGGAAGGGCCUCUUGUUUAUGGAGACGUCAGCUCUGGAUUCGACCAACGUUGAAGCUGCUUUCCUGGAAGUUCUCACAGCCAUCCACAAGAAGGUGGCCAGUCGAGAGGUGACCCGCGGGUCAAUCAGUGCCGUGACCCUGUCCAGUGCUACUGGAACGGCUAGCGAAGUCCAGGAGGAACGUAGGACCUGCUGCAAGAACCUCUGACAGGUUCUGACUAGCUCUGACCGGUUCUUUCCGGUAUUAAACAGAAUCUUCCUCUGCCCUCAUUCAGGAUUAAGGGAGUCUAUGUUGAUGACUACAGGAGGCAUAGCUGUGGGAAGUAGGGGUGCUCAGGGUGCUGCAGCACACACCUGAAAAUGAAAGUGCACUGGGCCUUUACUAGUAUUGUAUUAGAAGACCCAUAUAAAUUCUGCCCCCCGUCCCCCCCACCCGUCUGCAAAAAUAUCGCAGCACCCCAACCACCGGACAUCUUCCCACAUCUAUGACAGGCGGGCUGUCUGAACCAAAGACCAGGCAGUCCACAAGACACAGGCCACAUUUACACUUUGUCAAUAAAUACACUAUUGGUGUCACCUAUAUUCUCCCUGUUUGGUGAAAGGUUGCAGACCACUUGAAAAUA